AUGGCAGAGCUUAACUCAGCAAAAGCAGACCCAAUAGAGCUGAAAAGCACCACAGAUGUCAAGCGUGUACAGUUAGAAGAUCUGAUCGCGCGAGCUGUGGCGAAAGAUGCAAUCAAGGACUUUAAUGCGGCUGCUGAGCUUUACUCCCAAGCUACGGAACUCCAAGCCGAGCUGAACGGUGAACUGUCACUCGACAACGCUGAUCUGCUGUUCGCCUACGGCAAAGCUUUAUACAACGUGGCGGUGAGCAAGAGCGAUGUCCUAGGGUCAAAAGUAGCUGGAGAGCCUCAAGCUCAAACAAAUGAUCUACCUGCAAGCGGCUCCAAAUCAUCCGCGCAUGUGCCUGGCGAGAGCGUUAUCAAAAAUGCGAUCGCUAGUGGGGUGGCUAAGCAAGAACAUUCCACGGAUUCUAGAUCCAGCCCUGGAAAGACUUUGAACCAGCCCUUUUUCCAAUUCAGUGGCGAUGAAAAUUUCGAUGAUUCGGAAUCUGAGGCAGAAGAGGGUGAUGAAGGCGCUGAUGGUGUUGACGAUGACGAUGACGAUUUUGCCAACGCCUUUGAAGUCCUGGACUUGGCCCGUAUACUCUACCACAAGAAGUUAGCCGCAGUAGAGGAAUCAUGUGGGGAAGGGAAAUCCGCCGGCCUGCCGUCCGAUGUCAAACACAUCAAGGAGCGUCUCGCAGAUACCUACGAUCUACAGGCGGAGAUUUCACUUGAAGGGGAGAGAUUCACGGAUGCGGUGGCGGACCUCAGGACUGCACUUGAUCUGAGGCAAUCACUGUUUUCUAUGGAAGAUCCUUCCCUUGCUGAGUGUCACUACAAGCUUUCGCUCGCACUAGAAUUCGCAUCUGUCAAUAAUCCCAGCGAAGGCACUACUGGAGGGGACAGUGACCGCCGUGGCAAGGUUGAUGAAGCUAUGAGAGAAGAGGCUGCGACUCAGAUGGAGAAGGCUAUUGAGAGCUGUCGAGUCAGAAUGGCCCAGGAACAGAAGAAAUUGGAUGUAUCAGACGCCUUGGACGAAGACAGAGAGACAGCUCUGAGAAGGAAAAUAGCGAAUGUUAAGGAGAUCAUUGAAGACAUGGAGCAGAGACUCCUAGAUCUUCGUCGUCCGCCUGUGUCGGUUGAGCAACAGAACGAGGAAAGCGAUACGAUGCUUAGAGGAAUUCUAGGCCAGAUUGUAGGUCAGCCAGCUGUUGAGCAGCAAGCGCGACUGGAAGCUAUUACAAAAGAUGCCAAGGAUCUGUCUGCAUUAGUCAAAAGAAAGCCAGCUGGCAUCCAACAUCCGCCGCGAAGUGAAUCUACGGAGAAACGCUCAGCUCCAGAGCAGGUUGAGGACGAGUUCAACACGAAGAAGGCACGGACGGAAAGCGCUGAGAAUGUGUGA